UGUUUCUAGUGUGGGACAGCCUAUGAUAUCCCAACACCGGCAUUCUGUGGUUCUGAGAUCUGCAAUAUGAUGUAGCUACCUUUCCAAAACCUGGAAUUACAAGCAAAUACUGAAAAUCGAGAAAUAGCGAAUAGGAAUACGAGUUUAAUUCGGACGUAAUUUCUCAUUUGUUUCCAAGUCGGAGCCUGGAUGCUUCAAACCAUGACAUGAUCAAUCAGUUGGUCAUUUGGGAUUCAGAACUACAAUAUAUUUCUUGUUUUUGUGAUUCUACUAUCGUCAUAUCUUUAUUUCUUAAGGAAUAGACUCACGAAGACAUUGUAGCCUUCAAUACCAGGUCUACAGUGCUUUCUGAUUAUAGUUUUGGAGACUUUCUGAAAACGAAGACCCAACUAACGUCUGCAAUUCUUCAGCUGUGAUCCUUGGAGAUUCUUUGGCCACUCGAAUCAUCCUGCUCAAUGUGCAUGGGGAACACAUUCCAAAGAUAAAGCUUUUCCACCUGGAUAAGUGAAUAUGAUUGGCCUCAAGUACAACAUGUCUCUGCCGAUGGCAGCAGGGGCUUUGUUAGUGGUCCUCCCCUACUCCGUCUCGCUGGUGGCCCAGUGGAUGUAUGGCUGGCCGAACAAGCCGGGCUACAAAAAGUACAUUGAGGCGCUGAAGCCAAGGCGGAUAUACUGCCUAACUAGAGCUGUGCUGGAGAUGCUGAAGUACUUCCAGUACGGGAAACUGUACUUCCAGUGGAAGUCCUGGUACAAGAAUGCAGAAAACCACAAGCAUUAUGAAAAGGGCAUCACGUUUGGUCGUCGUAGCAACAAGCUGGAUUUGUACUAUUCUCCUAUGGUGAGCCAGUCCGCCAGGUUGGCUACAGCGAGCCAGUCCGGCAGCGGCCCGAUACCCGUCGUGGUGUUUAUAUACGGCGGGGCGUGGGGGUCCGGGGAGAGGUCUAUUUACUGCCUACUGGCCAUGCAGAUGGCCAAGGAGCUCAACGCAACCGUCAUCUGCCCUGACUACUGCACAUAUCCCAAGGGUAACGUUUUGUGUAUGGUCCAAGAUAUCGCAGACUGUCUCGUUUGGGCGCGGGAGAGCAGCCAGAAGUUCAACUUGGACAAAGACAACAUUGUGUUAGUUGGCCACUCAGCUGGCGCCCAUCUGGCUGCUCUUACUGUGCUUUUCAUGGUCGAGGGACGAGACGAGCUGUUUAUAGAAGCCAACAAGCAGACAGAGAUCGCCGCGGCGAUCAAAGGAGUUACAGGUUUAAGUGGCGUAUACAAUAUAAUUGACCAUUACGAGCAUGAACAGAUGAGAGGUGUUGAGUACGUGUCUACGAUGCACAAAGCCAUGAACGGAGUGGAGAACUUCCCGUAUUAUUCGCCCACACACCUGCUGAAGAAAUUCAGCGAGGAGCAACUGAAACGAGUGCCACCUUUCUCCUUGAUCCACGGAACCAACGAUAUCAUAGUUCCGGUUUCGUCUUCCCAGAGGUUCUCAGAGCUGCUCAACUCCCUGUCUAUCAAAGUGUCACUGUACCUAAUGCCAAAAAUGGACCACACCGAGAUAGUCACCGACCUAAUGGCGACAAACAGGCACUUCUACAACACCGUGUUCAGCUGCAUCAAACAGGACUACAGCAAGUACAUAGGCCAGGUCUGUGACAGCUGAACAUUGUGUAAACAGCAAGAAAACAAUUAACGCCAUACUUGAUUAAUUAACUUGUGACAUGUUGCAUAUGCAGUUCUUGUUUACAUAUUUUCCAUACAAUUACCAUUGUUUAUUAAUAUUAUUAUUGUAACACAGACUUGGAGGAUUUAGCCUUUUUGAUUACAAUAGGUUUACAUUUCUGUUUUCAUUUCCAUCAUGAUUCCUCUGCUUCCACUGAUAGCGUGUGGUGUCUGAUGAUGGGGUUGUAAACAGACUACAGUUAUGUGAAAGUACCCCCCCUGGAUAUAUUUGGACACAUGGAUAUUUGAGCUAAAAAAAAACAACCUUUAAAACCAAUUAAUGAAAUGAAAAUAAACAGCAAUGCGAUUUAUAAAGAAAAUUAGUACACCCCUAUAUUUACCACCACACAAAAUAAUUUUUGGGAGGGUUUAGCUUUUGAUAGAAACUUGGUGUGUUUUGGUCUUAACCAUGUGUGUGUGGUAACACAUCAUGCCAAGACCAAAAUAUCUAUUAGAUUAGAUUGUUAGAUUGUUAAUGCCCAUGAGUCUGGGAGGGGUUACAAAGCCAAGUCCAAGCAAUUCGAUGUUCAUCAUUCCACUGUCCGACAGAUCAUCUAAAAAUUGAGAGAAUUCCAAACCAGUGGGAAUCUACAUUGGACAGGUAUUCUCACCAAACUAAGGCCAACAGGUGACUGAAAGAUGCCCUCAUAGGAGGGUCUUGAAGCGGACCGGGGAUCUUGAAGCGGGCCGGGAAUGCAGGAGAGCUCUCGAACAUGUUGAAACACAGUUGAAACAGCACUGUUGAUGUAAGAGACUGAUAGACAGUUAAAAGACACGGCUACAUUAAGUUAUUUCAGCUAAAGGGGCACAAAACCAGCACUAUGUAAUUGCAUUUCUGAUGAUUUUUUAAUGAAUAAAUCAUUGCAAUGAAUAAUC